GACAUUGAUGGAGGACGACAAAUAUUUAAUGGAAAAGAUCUCGUCAGAUGAGGAAGGAGAAUAUGGAGAUGAGGGGAGAAGUCAAAUUGUUGGUGAUGGUGGGAGAGAACUUGAUUCAUUUUCAAAGGAAGUGGAGGAUAAGAGUACGAAAUCAAAUGAAGAAUCCCCUCAAAAACCAACUUUUACAACUUCACAAAUUUGGGAUGAACAAGAAUUGCAUGAUGAUGAGGAAGGAGAAAAUGAGCAAUUAAUGGAAGAUGAAAGUUUAAAUGGAAUAAGUACUUCACCUUUUUGGACACAGUCUAUCGCCCCUGGUAAAUAUUACAAUCGGGCUCGUGGAGGUGGUCAAACAGCAACUCCAGCUUUACUUUCUCUUCAACGCCAAUUUGAAACUUGUAUUAUUCAACCAAUUAAAGAAGGUAUGGCAACACAGCCAAAAAGUGAUCCUCCUCCUCCAACAAAUUUAAAUAAUUGUUCUUCUCAUAAUUGUGAUGCUGCUAACAAUAAUUGCUCAAAACAUGUAGCUGGAAGUGACAGUGAUUCUGACAAUGGAGGAGAAAAUUCUGAUAAUUCUUCUAGUUCUUCAAUUUCUUCACAUAACACUUCUAAAAAUUGUCGAAAUAAUUCUGGUGGUGGUGGGGAUUCCAACAAUUCAUCCCCUUUAAAAAAACGAUUUGGGCGACGAAGACGAAAACGUCAACAAAUAAAAUCUUUUGCGCGUGAAGAGAUUUUACGUAAACGUUCACACCCAGCUGCUUUACACCCCGAUAUUGGAUUCAACGAACCAGGCCAACUUAAUGACGGCCCCCAAUGCAAAUGUUCUUGGGCUGCAAAACAAACUGGAGUUAGACAUGGAAAAUUUGCUGGGGAAAAAGCUUUUCUUCGUUGUGAUUGGAAUUCGAGUAACAUUGAACGUUUACAUCAUUAUGUUCUUCAUGUUGAGCCCAAUCCUGCAUCACUUUCACGUCAUCCAACACAAAUUCAAAUUGAUGGUCAUUGCUACAAAUUUGAUGAUCUCGAAUUAUUUCAUUCUUUUCUUUUUGAACAAAUUUUGGAACUUUACGAUUUAAAUAGACAAUUAAAUAUUCCAAAAGAGGAAAUUAAUUCAUCUUGUCCAUUUUAUCAUUGUUUGCCAAGAUUUGCUAGAUCUUUACCAGAUAACGGAAAAGAGCUUUUACCACUUUCUUCAAUUCUUUCUCAUUUUAUUACAAAUUUUAAACCUUUGGUAGAUGACAGAUUAGCUCAAUAUUUUCACAUUAACCCUUUGGCAUUAGUUGAUUUUGCUUGUCAAAAGAAGGGAGAAAUUUGUAUAAAUCCUAAAAAGAAACCUUUGGCAAUACGUUUGGAUUUGUUAGAAAAAUCAGCAGACAAUAAAGAAUUUUACCCAAUAAUUACUCAUUUUGGUAUAAAACCUAAUGCAUAUGCUUUUUUGGCUAGACCACAAAUGCAAGAUGCUUUAUACAAACAUUUACAAUUACGUAAACAUUUGUCUUCAAAACCUUCAAUUACUUUUGAAGAAAAAUGGUUAUUAAGAAAAAGUGAAGCACAUUUAAAUGCUUUGAAAAGGGAAUGUAAAUCCAAAAGAAAUACAAUUGUCCAUAUUAGCUCAAGGGAUUUUUAUUCAACUGGAAUUUGUUCUGACAUGGUUUUACAUUCAAUUUUACUUGUUUUGGCCUGUCAACAUGUUCGUUUUCACUGUUCUUUAAAUUUUUUGGAGGAACGAUUGGCUUAUACAUUUAAAAAUCGUUCACUUUUGGAACUUGCAUUAAUUCACCCUUCAUUUCGUGCAAAUUAUGGGACAAAUUCAGAUCAUGCAAAAAAUGUUUUGAAUAAUUGUGGUUUAAGAAUUGGAUUAACUACAAAAACAACAACAGCUUCAAAAUCUUCAAUAAUUCCUUCUCCACAAAAUUUAAAUUCUUCUUCUUCUCCAUUAAAAAAUUCAACAACAGAAAAUUCUUUAGAAUUAUUAACUAAACAACAAUUAAUUCAAAAAACUGGUAGAAGAAGAGGAAUUAAUGUUUUAAUGGAAAUUAUGUCUAUGCAACGUUCUUCAAGUAAUAAAAAUGAGAAUAAUAAAAUGAAAGAAAUUAAUGGAGGUGAUGGUGGAAGAAUUGUUAAUCGUAUUAAUGAAUCUAUUAUUAAACAUAAUGAAAGAUUAGAAUUUCUUGGAGAUGCUGUUGUUGAAUUUUUAACAACUAUACAUUUAUUUUUCUUAUUUACUGAAUUGGAUGAAGGUGGUUUAGCUACAUUUCGAUCUGCUUUAGUUCAAAACCGUCAUUUAGCAACUCUUGGUGAUCGUUUAGGUUUACAACAUUUUAUGGUUUAUGCACACGGUCCAGAUUUGUGUCAUUCUGCCGAUUUACGUCAUGCAAUGGCUAAUACUUUUGAGGCUUUAAUGGCUGCAGUUUUUCUUGAUUCUGGGCUUGAACAAUGUGAUAAAAUCUUUGCAAAUGCAUUAUUUGUUAAUGAAACAAAUUUACUUCAAAUUUGGACAAAUUUACCUGAACAUCCUUUAAAAAAAGACACUCCUUAUGGUGAUAGACAUUUAAUUUCUUCAGUGCCUUGUCUUAAAUUACUUGUUGAAUUUGAACGUUGUAUUGGAAUAACAUUUAAACAUAUUAGAUUACUUGCUAAAGCUUUUACUAGAAGAAAUGUUCCUUACAAUUUUUUGACACUUGGACAUAAUCAACGUUUAGAAUUUUUGGGUGAUACUAUUUUACAGUUGUUAACAAGUGAAUACCUUUACAAACAAUUUCCAUACCAUCAAGAAGGUCAUUUAUCACUUUUACGAACUUGUUUAGUUCAAGCAACUACUCAAGCUGUUGUUUGUGAUGAUUUAGCAAUGGUUAAAUAUUUGGUUAUUCCACAGGCUUUAUUAAGAAAAUGCCCUCAACCAAAUCUUCGGACUAAAGACAAGGCUGAUUUGGUAGAAGCAUUUUUAGGUGCUCUUUAUGUAGAUAGAGGUUUAUUAUAUUGUCGUCAUUUUUGUCGUGUUUGCUUUUUUCCAAGAUUAAAGUAUUUUAUUCUAAGCCAACGUUGGAAUGACCCAAAAUCCCAAUUGCAACAGUCCUGUUUAACCCUUAGAAAUUUUGCUUCGUCAGAACCUGAUAUUCCAGAAUACAAAACUAUUGGAAUUGAAGGACCUACAAAUACAAGAAUAUAUAGAGUAGCUGUUUAUUUUAGAAAUAAACGUUUAGCGGUUGGUACUGGUGCGAGUAUGCAUCUUGCACAAAUGAAGGCUGCAGAAAAUGCUUUAAUUGAAAAUUCAAAUUUAUUUAAAUCAAAUGGAUAUAUUAACGAAAAUAAUAAUAAAAAUAUUUUUGAAAAUAAAUCAAGUUGUGGAGGUGGAGGCGGAAAUCAAAUUGAAAAUUAUAUAACAAGCUUAAAUAAGGUGAAUUUUACUAAAUAA